ACGAUGACGAGGUGGGCCUAUAAAUGCCACCGCCGGGCACUGCAGCCACAUCAUUGCCACCGCCACCGCCACCUCCACCAUGCCACCGCAAGGCACGAGUACUACUCCCUUCUGGCUGCUCGCCUCCUGCCUGGGACUUCUGCUGCUCCUGCUGCUGCCCCACCAGAUGCCUGCGCAGUGCAUCGACACCCACGAGCCGGGCUGCAGGCACCCCGCUGAGGUGGGAAUGCCUCAACGGCACUGCAUUGAUCCCACCAAGUACUGGCAAUGCAACUCCCUGGGCACCCAGGCGCAGCUCAAAAACUGUCGCCCCAAUAUGGGUUUCGAUCAGGAUCUCAAUGCCUGUGUGCCCUGGAUCGCAUGGGUGUGGCAGCCCUGCCUGGAGCCCGUCAGUCGUCCGCCCGGAUGGGAAGGAUGCUAAUCGAAGAGAAAUCCUUUGAGUGACGCCCUGCCAUUGACAAAAGAAGAAAUUAUCGAAUAAAGGAAUGAUUUUGGCAUGCUGGACAAAGU